AUGUCCGGAGGCAUUUUCUCCCCCCUGGGGAGCUGCUCGGAGCUGGAGAAGGCCAAUUGCCACCCGCUGGUGUGCCUGCUGUGCCAUGAGCCCUACCAGCACCCCUGCCUGCUCGACUGCUACCACAACUUCUGUGCCAGCUGCCUGCGGGGCCGUGCCAGCGACGGCCGCUUGUGCUGCCCCCUCUGUGGGCACCCGUCGGUGGUGAGGGGGGGCACGGGGCUGCCCCCCGUGGACCGGCUGCUGCAGUUCCUGGUGGACAGCUCUGCCGACGGUGACGAGGAUGUGCAAUGUGCCAACUGCGACCGGCGCUGCGCCAAGGCGGAGAUGGACACCAUGUACUUCUGCAACACGUGCGGGCAGCCGCUGUGCGCGCCGUGCCGCGAGGAGACGCAUCGGGCCAAGAUGUUCGCUCGCCAUGAGAUCGUCUCCCUCUCCAAGCGCACCAAAGACAUCCACAAGAAGUGCCCGCUGCACGAGGAGCCCUACAUCAUGUUCUCCACCGAGAAGAAGUCCAUGCUCUGCAUCAACUGCUUCAGGGACAUGCAGGGGGAGAGCCGUGCGCACUGCAUUGACAUAGAGACAGCGUACAUGCAGGGCUGCCAGCGCCUGGACCAGGCGGUGAUGACCGUGAAGGAGCUGCAGACAUCCACGCGUGAGGCCAUCGUCCUCCUCAAGGCCAUGAUCGAGGAGGUGCACAACAGUGCCAGCGAGGAGGAGGCUGCCAUCAACUCCCUCUUCGGCCGCAUGCAGGAGCAGCUCUCCGAGAGGAAGAAGGCUCUCCUGAAGGCCGUGCAGAGCCAGCACGAGGAGAAGGAGAAGGCGUUCAAGGAGCAGCUCGCCCACCUCGCCUCACUGCUGCCCACCCUGCAGGUCCAUCUGGUGACCUGCUCCGCAUUCCUGAGCUCUGCCAACAAAGCCGAGUUCCUGGACCUGGGCUAUCAACUGAUGGAGAGGCUGCAGAGGAUCGUGAAGCUGCCGCACCGCCUGCGCCCGGCACAGACCAGCAAGAUCAACAGCGAGUACCGCGCCGAGUUCGCCCGCUGCCUGGAGCCGCUGCUGAUGCUCAGCCCUCGCCGCUCCGUGGUGGGCAGCGCCAGCGCCAUCGGCCCCGGCAUCGCCGGCACCAACAUGCUCCCCGGCAGCCAAUGCUCCAAGACCCUCAUGGUGCCCUCCUGCCCCCCCGACGGCGAUAAGAUGUCCACGGGCCCCCUGGUGCGGAAGCCGACGAUGCACCGGUACAUCAGCACCAAGGUGCUGCUGGCCGAGGGGAGCCAGACCCCCUUCACCGAGCACUGCCGCAACUACGAGAACACCUACCGGAUGCUGCAGACGGAGAUCCAGGGCCUGAAGGACCAGGUUCAGGAGCUGCACCGUGACCUCACCAAGCACCACUCGCUCAUCAGGACAGAGAUCAUGGCUGAGAUCCUGCAGAAGUCAAUGCAGAUGGAUGUGCAGAUUGCUGCUCACUACUCCGCGGUGGAGAUGAUGCGCAGUGUCUUCGAGGAGGUCUGGGAGGAGACCUACCAACGGGUGGCCAACGAGCAGGAGAUCUAUGAAGCCCAGCUCCAUGACCUGCUGCAGCUGCGGCAGGAGAACAGCUGCCUGACCACCAUCACCAAGCAGAUCGCGCCCUACGUGCGCUCCAUUGCCAGGGUGAAGGAGCGGCUGGAGCCCAGGCUGCAGGACCCCCGGGAGCCCAGGGAGGAAGCAGCUCAGAUGCUGCUCAGGAUGUGUGAUGACAGUGAAGCAGCACCAAGGGACCCCUCACCAGGCAGCAGGGAGGGGGCUCCGGCCGGCGCCGAGGGGGGGGCCCCGGAGAGCAAAGAUUGCCAUAGGGGCCAGAGGAGAAGUGGGGCUGAGAGCGGUGCCCAGACGGAGCCUGUGCCAUAG